CAAACUCAACAAUCAGGUGCACUUGUUCUCCCCUCUUGAUUCUGUUUGAUUCUAUUUGCAUAGUAUCACGAGUAAACAGCACUUGCUGAAUAGGACCUCUCUCUUCUCAUCCUUCCAGUCCUUCAUCCCUGGACAUGGCUAUCCACCCCGCCCUGAGCGGGGCUCUGCAGAGUUCCCAGCCCGCUUCUAAUCCACAGCCCAUCGACAUCGAAGUCUGGACCGAGCAAGCGACGGCUGCUCUGAGCUCUGUGACCAUCUCGUCCCCGGGCGAGGUCCAAGGGGCGACCGUCUCGCUUCAGAUUCCCCUUGAUGAGCGUCCUGCCCCGCGUCCAACCUCCGUGACCACAGCCACGAAAGAGGGCGUAAGCUCGAGCUACUAUCGCCGCAAGGAGCCGGUGCGACGGGACAGCUUGAAGAGGCGUGAAGCUUUGUUGAGAGGUAAGGAGGGCAGCAGGCGCAGGCAGAGGUGGGAGAAUGAUCGCCUCCUCAGCAACCCCUACGUUGAGCCCCCUUCGCCGAAGGACUGGGAGAUCCACCCCACGCAUCCCGUGCACCAUGUCCCUUAUUACCUCGCUCCCCUCUGGGACGCCGGUCUCGCUGCCCGCAACCUUGAACGCAAGACCGCCGCAGCCGCCAAAGCCAAGUCCGCGGCCCAUCCGGUCGCCACCAACCCGACUACUCCAGGCGUCGUCCCUCGAGAGCUCCGUGAGAAGCUCAAGCGCUCCCGCGGCGCCAAAGGCCUGCUAAUGGAUCUCGAAUCCGAAGUCCGAGCCUUCGUAUCGCGCUGGGAGGAGAAUGAACGGAAGGCCAAAGACGAGGGAUUGCCUGUUGAUCCAGAUUCUUCGGACGAUGAGAUUGUCUUCGUGGGACGGAAUGGCCAGAUGAACGAUCAGAGGUCGCCGAGGUCGAGUGACGAGGCCAGACGCGAGAUAAUGCUCUUUGACACACCAGAAGGUGACCAAGGAGGUAGCUUUGGUAGGUGGUUGGUACAUCACAUUGGGAUGUACUACGGACUCCACACGUGGUCUGUUACAGUGGGUAAUCCGGCGAGGCGUGAAGCAUACAUUGGGCUCAAGGACACGAAGAUGAGGUCCGGUCGCCGUCGUUCGAGCAUCUGCAGUCCGAUGCCGAUGCCGCUUUGGGUUAUGGUUUAAGUUCUGACCUUCCCGGGACUCGCUAGGAGUGUGGUUUUAGUUUUCGAGCUGAAACCUACUAUUUUCGAGUAAAGAGGGAGAGGUUUGUGCUUGGUGGUACUGCUUUGACUAUUUAUGUGUUUUGAUACAUGUGCGCAAAUGGACAGUAUUCGUAUAUUCACAAGUCUUUCCCUACUGGCAUCUGCAUCUCCAUGGCUAGACUAGCAUAGGAAAUGGCAAUAUACAUGAUUUGCG